CAGCCCCUCUCCUCUCUCCACCUCCUCAGCGGGACUCUUAUUCCUUAGAGAGAGCAAAGAGAUGACAGUAAACUAUAGAGAGAAAAAUCCAUAGAAGAAUUCAGUGCCAAUUAACGGCAGAAAAUGGAGUCGGCGCUUCAAUUUGUUCAUGCUCUAUUGACUGCCACCGUUAUGUUUGCGCUGGCCGGCCUUGCACCAAGCCAUGUAGAAGCCCGAAUCUUCACAAUCGUGAACGACUGCAAGGAAACUGUGUGGGCCCGGAUUACCCCUGGUGAGGCCCUUGCUGGUGGGGGCUUUGCCCUAGAGCCCGGGCAGUCCCGCAUCCUCACCGCACCCACCGGAUGGUCCGGACGUAUCUGGGGCAGCACGGGCUGUUCCUUUGACAACUCUGGCAAUGGCAGCUGCCUGACCGGUGGAUGUGGUAGUUCCCUCAAAUGUGGUGGCUCUGGGGGCACCCCUGCCACUCUAGCUGAAUUCACACUUGGAGCCCUAGAUUUUUAUGAUGUUAGCCUUGUUUACGGCUUCAACCUUCCUAUGGUGGUGACUCCAGUUCAUGGUCGGGGAAAUUGUAGUUCUGCAGGAUGCGAUGGUGAUUUGAGGGAUACAUGCCCCUCAGAGUUAGCUGUGAAGUCUGGCGGUCAGACGGUGGGGUGCCGUAGCGCCUGCGAUGUGUUCGGGUCAGAGCAAUAUUGCUGCACUGGGGUGCAUGGCAACUCACUCACUUGUCAGCCCACAUCAUACUCCAAGAAGUUCAAGGAGGCUUGCCCUGCAGCUUACAGUUAUGCCUAUGAUGAUCCCGCCAGCAUCUUUACCUGUGCGGAUGCGGAUUAUAUUGUCACCUUCUGCUCCAAGAGGGGACGCAUAGUGUGCACUUACUACAACAACAAGCUCACAUGCACCGGAGAUUCUCGAUCGCUUAGACCUCCGAGAUGGACGGCCAUGAUUUUCUUUGCUUGGAUUGCUCUGUGGGUUGCAUUCUUUAGGACGUAAUAUAAGUGAACAGUUUCCUAGAGUGUAUAUUAUCAUGCGCACAUUGUCAUUCUUAUUAUUUUUU